UCCGGAUAUUAACAUUUACUUUAAAAUUUUGAAAAACAAAGUUUUCGGAUAUUUUUUGGCUUGCAAAUGUGAAAGUAGAGGGCUGCUUUAAAUCAUACCUGUUAAGAGGCACCGUGUUGCGCAAAUCAAAGCAUGUUUGUUGUUGACUACAAUGUUCAGAUUAUGCUGGGAUAAUUAUUCAUGUGUAUCAAUAUGUAUCAAUUGGCUGUAAGCAGACCUGCAACUGCGCCAGGAUGGAGAGAUCUCAGAGCUGGAGAUGACGCAAAUGACCCAGCUCCCCCAAAAAGUGUUUCAAGACGAACAUGGCGGCAACUUAACACAGGACCAAGAUGACUGUGGUUAUCAAAAGACAAGACCCAAGGCAUUCUGCCCAGAUACGAAGAAAAAAAACACCUGGUUGAAACAAUAAGAUAACUGCUUUUAACACAUCUUCAUGAUCGGCGGAUAAAGCAAAACGGUUGUAAGAGCUGGGCUACGGAAAGGGAGAAAGCUCAGCACCGUCAAGAGGAAGGAGAGAGGCAUGUUGUCACAGAGAACUGGGAUUUUCUCAAGAGAGCCAUGGAUAACUGUUAUAUGACAAUGCCUGGCUUAAUUCAUUUGCGUGCACUAAUUGGAUAGGCAUAGCAGAUCAUCGCUAAGGUAAGACAGGACCACUUCAAAUCCAACAUAUGAGAGGAAAAUAACACAGGAAAAUCCUCAAGUCAAUGAAUAUUGUGGUAAAGGAACCUUUACGGUGGAGUCGGCCAGUGCUGCGCUUUCCCAAAAUAUGACCAGGGGUGCUUGGAUGUGUCGGCAGCAAGAUGACGGCUUAAAUAUCUGGUUUGCACCCCGAGAGAACGAAAAACCUUUUACUGAUUCCGAAAGGGCCCAGAAAUGGCGACUGUCCUUAGCAUCUCUCUUGUUUUUUACCGUCCUACUCUCUGAUCACUUAUGGUUCUGCGCCGAGGCGAAAUUGACACGGACCAGAGAGAAGCGGCUGGACAAGUUAGCAUUAACAGACAUGGGUGAUUACUUUCCAUCUACAAAUCAUAUACUUUCAUCCAACCUCCAUUCACCUUACAACAGCCUCAGAAAAGACAAAAAUGCUAUUUUUAUAGGGAAUUCUACCAAACCUUUGUGGCGACUAGAAACUUGUCAUCCGCAUAGUUUAUCAAAAAACUGCUUUACUUUUGAAGAUGCAGAACCUGUCUGCAGGAGCAUCUCCGAGGACGAGGGGUCGGAAUCGGCAGUUUUGAAUUUAAGCGAUUUAUAUCUUUCUUUUUGUAAUUCCUAUUCUCUUUUGGAUUUGUUUAAUGGUUUAUCGAGUCCAGACAAUUUGAAUUGUAGCCUAGACGUGGUUAUGGAUGGCAAUCUAGCUGGAUGCAGUCAAUGCAUUCAAGCAUACCAACGCUAUGACCAGCAUGCUCAGGAGAAAUAUGAAGAGUUUGAGGUUAUGAUUCACAAAUACUUUGAAUCGGAUGGAUACUCAGUGAAAACGUGUAUGGAAGAUUGCAAGAAUGUCUACAAACCCUGGCUGUGUUCCCAGUAUUUUGAGACCACACAGAUCCACUGCAGUAACAGAAUCCCUUGCAAGCAAUACUGUUUGGAAGUCCAGACGAGGUGUCCAUUUAUAUUGCCAGACAAUGAUGAUCUUAUCUAUGGAGGAAUGCCAAGUUUUAUAUGUACAGGGCUUUUAGAAAAUCAUCCGACAAAUGCAGAACCAGAGUGCUGUGAUGUCAGAUGGGACUUUAUACCAGAUAACCAAUCCAAAGGGACAAUAAAAAGAACUGACCCCAUCUUGUGUCAUCAUAGGACAUCACUUGCAACCUCUGCAGCUUCUAGACUGUGUAACAGCAGGCUUAAACUUUGCAUUUUAGUUCUAAUUCUUUUGCAUACAGUUGUCAGUUUGACUGCAGCACAGAACUGUACGGGAUUCAGUUUUGGGGAAAUAUUUACACUAGAGGAGAACUCAACCAAUGAAGAAUAAUGGAGUUAUCCAUGUAAUCACUGGAUUGGCACUUUCGACGCUCACUGCUGCCUGCCACAAUGGCUGUAACGGAGACUAGGCCUUUGGGCAACUUCAUCAAAGCCUUCUGGGUGCAGGAUGGAAAAAGGUGGGCCCACAUUUACCAGACUACUAGGACAAACAAUCAAAAUUAACAGGAACCGGAAAACACCACAGCCUUUAUUGACAGAAAGGCUACCUUAGAACUGAAUUUUCUCACACCAUUUUAUACACUGUGUUUUAAUGUUUGGAUUUCUUUUGCACUAGGUUACUACAGGAUUUUAUUUAUUUAUGUAUUUAUUUAUUGGGGGUGUGGGGGGGGGGGGGGGAGGGAGGGGGAAAUUGUUCCUCAAAAGCAAAACCGAGUCUUUACAAUGUCUGUACUUGUCACUGUGUGUGUGUGUCAUCCAAGAGUUUCUAUCUUUUGUAGUCCUGCAGAUUUCUAAACUUGCAAAAACACAAAACCUGCUGCUGAUGCUUUUACAGCAUGGCAUAGUAGAAAGCUUGCAAAUCUUCAUGUGAACACGCACACAUGCACAUAGAAAAAUGAUUUGUCAUAUCUUUAGUACAAAAAAAGGGAAAAAAGAAUAAAAAUAGCAGAUGAGUCCACAGUAACAUGCACAAAUGUGUGCCUCAACAACUGUUGCAUGAAUCAGCAAAGCUGAGCAACUCCUAAAAAGGCAUGGGACUCCUUAGGUCUGAAUGUGAAACAUAAGAGAAAACCUCUUCUGAGCCUCAAAUGGUGGAUUUGGUCAAACAAAAUCAUUUGUAUGACAAACUGUAACACCCAGGGUCUCAUUCUGUAGAAUUCCAGUCAUUUUCAUUUUGGUCAGUUGAACAGUUCAGCAGGUGCUCAAAAUGAUUAUUUUACUUUUGACUGUUUUUGCUUUGAUAUUUGCUAUUUCAUUUCAGUCACUGCUGCAUUUCUUGCACAGGUUCUGUGUCAAAAGUUUUUUAUAUAUUUUAAAGCAUGCAGUAUCAAAAUUUACAAUGAGAAAUUCAUAUCUUCGGCAAGUUUGAUUUUUUUUUUACGAAAAGGAAAUUAGGACCUUUCUCCUGAUGAAAAUAACCAGAAUCCAUGUUUAGAAUAGCUCUUCCAGAGAUAAUUCACAGCAUUUAGAACUUCAAAAUCAUGGUAAUGUUAAUGUUACAGUAAUUGUGUUUAGGAAACAAUCUGUUAAGCUGAAAAUUUUCAAUAAAUAAAUGACCUUGCAGCACCUAAUGCAACUAUAACUUUCAAAGGAGUCUGAUUGAGAGCUUUUGGAUUGUGUGGGGAAUAAAGACUAAAACCUACUGUAUCAUUAUCUUAAGACUCCACAGAGGAUAAUCAUAAGAAAAACUGGUUAAAUAUUAGAUCUAGAGUAUUACAUUUUUUUAAAAUAAAGAUCUGUUCAGGCUAAGAGUUAUCAUUUACCGCAGUAUACUGAAACUGUUGGUAUUUCAUAGAAAAUCCCUAGAAUUUAAUUAA